UGAAAGUGAUAUAAGGUAAAUUUAAAUGCAUCUGCUGAACAUUUGUAUGUCCCAAAGCAGGCAGGUUGUUAAGCUGUUUGCUAUUGCAAAAAAUGACCGAAACCUCUAGUUAUGUCUUGAUUUGCAUAUGUGCAUGUAUCACUAACAGUAACUGGCUGGACUGAGGUCCAAACAGCCUUCAUCUGUUUAAACUGCCUCACUUCUUCUGUAGCAUCAGCAUCAUAGGACCGUAGAUUCUGAAGGGGGGUUUAAGAAGUGGAUGUGGGUGUCCUAUCAUCACCACUGUGAACAAUUCUGACUGGAAGAAUGGCAGUGGUUGGUGUAGGCCUAACUUCCUUCCUUGUCUCUACACUGCUCUACCACGUGCGAGCUAACUCUACCUGCAUGCCAUCGGAGUGUCUAAAUUGUUCCUCGUCUAAUGCAGGAAAUUGCCUGCUGUGCUCGGGAAACAGUACCAGCUUUUGUGAUGUUCCCAUGACCUGCAGUAAAGACUUCAAGGUACAGUUGAUUGCCACCUCCUUCACAGUCGACGAAGGAACUCAACUGAACUUAACCUGUGUUCAAGAUCUGCCUCAAAACCUGACUAUUGCCUUUGAGUGGUCAAAGAAUAAUCAGUUGAUUAAGGGUGAGAACAGAAGCAUUUUGGUUAUGAAGAUAAAGGAGACGAUUACACUAUCAUGUACUGUACGGAGUCCAUGUGGGGAUUUCAGCUCUGCCCCUCAGGGUGUGACUGUAAACGAUCAAGCAGGGAUCAUUCUGCUAAUCUGUGGGGUAUCAGCUGUGGUCAUCAUUAUCCUGCUCGCUGUCAUUAUGAAAGUUUUGAUAAAGAGAAACGAAGUCCAAAGAGAGGCCAGGAAACGCCACAGGCAAACACACAUGCAAAACAUCUCCAGCACCACCACCACCGUCCCACGCUACUGGUGAAAAAGGAGAGAGAGAGAGAAAGAGAGAGUGGUUGCAUCCAAAGUCGCAUGCUACCAUACAUAGUACGUCAAAAAUGGUACACCUGUAGAAGUCCAUUUAUUAGUAGUAUGUGUGGACGCAGCUAGAGUGUUAUUAUACAGAGCCAUUAGCCAUUUAAUCAGUCCCAGGUCUACCUGGAUGGCUGUGGAGUAAACAACCAAAGAAAUAUUAAUGUACUACUCUUUGAAAACUCUUUCCUUUCUCUGCUGUAUAAUAAUCGCUUCAUGCAAUUGAUUAACUUAUCUAUGCUCGGCCCACAAAUAUGUUGUUUUAUAGCAGCUGUUAGAGGUCUGAUAAGCUUUACAGAACCUUGGCAAAAAUCAAGAAAGGAGAAAUUGUGCUGCACAGCCCAGUUUAGUCAGAAUGCCUACAUUCGGAGUAAGUUAUAAAUGUAAAAUGAAAUUUAUUUUGUGUCUGGGUGAAAGGUCACACUGUUAGAAUAGACUGGAUGUAAUCAUUUUUUGUGUGAUUGAGGUUUAUAGGGAUAAACAUCUGAUUGGUAGGCUAAGCAGGACGUUCAGUGGCUUCAGUUGAUUUUUAAAGGUGUAAUUUCAAAAUUUCUGCAUAAUUCAAUCAUUAGAACUGAUACAAAGUCAUUCAGAGUGGGUUUGGGGUGAAAUGGUUCAUUGUAGAGAAACUUACUGGCUCUGAUUUCUUUAUAGUGGUGGUGAUAAGAACGAGGGGUCACUUACUGUAGAACAAAAUCUUGCUGUAGAACAAUGUCUUAGAUAUCAGGCAGUGCAUUCGUAACCAUUUCAUGUAAUAACUUUAAGUGAGGGAACUUUUAAGACAUCAGAUAAUUCUGAUGUCUCGUGCCUAUCACCACUGAUUCUGUAAGAACAGAACUUUUCACAUCAGCAUGAUUUUGUUUAUAUCAUAACCAUUUAAUCAUGCAGACGUGUUGGAGAAUCAGUGGAGUUCUUCUUUAAAAUUGCAUGCUAGCUACGUUAAUGGUUGUAUAAAGACCUUGUUGCUUCUACUACUAGCAGUAACACUAAUGGCUCCACAGAAGUUGUGCACUACAGUUUCUCAUUAGGGUGAAUGGAACUUUUGUCUGUGUUCUGUGAAGUUUGUCCAACCUCACAGCAGUAGCUUUAAAAGAAGUGGCUGGAUGGAUAAGUAGACUUUAGUGCACAGUUUUUAUGUAUUUUGCUGAGUUUAACAUACUGGCAAAAAAUAAAGCAUAAAAUGUGCCAUAACCUUUGCACAGGCCACAUUUUAUGUUU